AUGGAACGGCAAACGCUUGAUGCGUGCUCGUACACCGCGCCAAAGCUGGACCCCAUUCUCCAAACCUCUCGACGCGCUACAAGUGCAUCGACAACAGCAGCAGCCUACCAAGCCUAUUCCGAACAUCUCAACAUGCCUCGCAUUCUCAUCGUCGGUGGAGGCCCUGCAGGUAUCGCCGUGGCCCAGGCCCUGGCGGCCGAUCUCACGCCCAAGGAUGACACCGAAGUCGUCGUCCUGGAGAAGAGCAAGUAUUACUACCACGCUGUGGGCACGCCGCGUGCUGUUGUGGACGCAGACUACACGAAGAAGCUCUUUGUACCGUACGACAGCGUGAUUCCGCCGUCAGCCAAGGAUUUCGUCAAGAUCCAGCGCACCGUCGUGACGCGCAUCGUUCCGGGCGCCGAUGAGAUCGAGUACGCACCCAUCGGCGAGGACGGUGACAUGCUGGCAGGACCCGUUAAGAGCAUGCCGUACGACUACUUGGUCGUGGCCACGGGCAGCACGUACACAGUGCCCAUCAAGCAACCCAAGAACAACUUCAAGCGAUUCACCACGGAGGACAAGCUGGCCGAGGUGCGCGAGCAGGUCAAGGCCGCCAGCAGCGUGCUCAUUGUUGGUGGUGGUGCCGUGGGUGUCGAAGUAGCCGGCGAGAUCAAGGCCAAAUACCCGAACAAAACAGUGACGAUCCUCGAAGGAAAGGACAAGCUGGUAGCCAACGACGACGUGCGUGACAAGUUCCGCACUAAGCUGUCGACGUACCUCAAGCGUCUUGGUGUCAAGGUGGUGGUGGGUGAGCGUCUGACGGAACGUCUGUCAGGCAACAGCUUCGAGAAGCGCACACUGCGUACGAACAAGGGUACGGAGAUCGAAUCGGACGUGCAGCUACUGUGUGGCGGCUUCAGUCCCACGACGGAGCUGAUCCAGAAGCUGGACGCGAAUCUGGUCACUGCCGAGGGAUUCAUCAAGGUGAACAGCAAACUGCAGCUGGACGACAACCAGUAUUCCAACAUCUACGCGCUGGGCGACGCGAGCAACAGUCCGGCGCCCAAGCGCAUGUACUACGCUGGUCUACAGGGUAAGCACCUGGGCGCUGAGCUGGCGCUGGUGGCGCGCAAGACGCAGGCUAACGUGAGCAAGCCAUUUCCCAAGGUAGAGGUAGUGGGCACUAUGGUGCCGCUGGGCCCGAACGGGGGAGUGUCACAGCUGCCUGUCAUGGGCGGCGUGGUCAUGGGCAACCUCAUCACCAAGUCUAUCAAGUCCAAGGACUACUUUGCCGGCAUGGCUUGGAAAAACUUCGGCGCGGUCGUCAUAUCUUUGUAAUGCUAUUCAAUCUCAUUUCGCUUAAAAAUAACGCAAUACUGUCGUACUUUUGAAGGAGCCUA